UUCCCCGUAGUUUCCCUCAGAAGCGCCCCUACAGUCGGAAGUAGAAAAUCGUUCAAACUGGGGCUACGAUCUGCAGCUUUGUACACUUUCGAAUUAGAAAAUGUAAUAAGGAAGAGGUCAUUGAGCUCUGUAAACCUCGACGACUGAAAAGAUGGGAGGAUUUUUUGAGUGCGUUGGGCGGACGCCCUUUGGGUCAUUGCUGGCAUUCUUGAUGGUGAUCGUCGGGGUUGGAGUGUAUUGUGGAACACUAUACAGGGCUCUCACCUUGGUCAUUGAAGGCAUUCUUAAUCAGCUGUUUGGCUUCAGUGUUACAUGGCUGGAAAUUAUACGAGUCAUGUUUGUCAUCAUAGCAGUUGUCAUGGGCCUUUUUGCUAUUCUUCUUCUCAUCUUUGGCUUCCUGGCAACAGGAGCCACACGAAAAAAUGUCUACUCAGGGCCCAGGUGCAUUAUGGGAGGCAGAAUUUCUGCAGGAUUUUUAAUCAUCAUAUCCUACCUGCUAUGUGUGGGGUGGAUUGCAAUCGUCUGCAUCAACCUUGUGGCAGUGGUAGGUUAUGCUGCUACUUCGGCCAUCUGCUCGCAAGAGAUCUACCGCCACACUGCUCAGGAGCUGACUGACCUUCACUAUUGCUUUAACAUCACCAGAUUUGGUAUUUAUCGCAAUCUCAGUUACUCCUCCACAGAAAGUAUUCCAGGGUCAGAGACAAUUUGUGAACACAGUGAGCUUCGGACUUUGUGCGACAGGGUGACUGAAGCAGGACCUUUGUUUUGUGUCGCCUUUGGAGCGUCUGUGGUCAUUGUAUUUGGAAUGAUUCAAUAUCUGAUCUGCCUGACUGCAAACUACACUCGCAUCAAGAUCUCCAAGGAACUGACUGAGUACAGAGAUGCUGUGGAGAUGGAGGAGCUAGAAGUCAAUCCCAGCUUCAUUCAGAAAGGCCCUCCACCCUAUCUUGGUGAUACGCAUUCUUCUUUAAGCUAGUUCUUUAAAGGGAAAGGGCAGAUGAUGGCCACAUCUAAUUGUUGUCUUUAGUAAAAUAGAUUUGUGCAAGGUAGAGUGAUUGCUCUGUGACUAGAUGUAUACAGAGUGAUUGUAAAGUGAGUGCUCACAAAAUUAAUGCUGUAAUGUAUGAUUUAUUUGUUGUUAGUGGGCUAAAUGUGUGACAUGAUUGGGGUUUUUUUGGCACUUUUAAUGGAGGCUUUGUGAAAGACAUUUGUUUAUCUUAAGUUGGCUGUGUAUUAAGUGGACUUACAGAUUUCUGUGUACAAUUUAUGAGGAUAACCUUAAAUAAUUUUAUAAAAUGUUUUAUCUGUAGAUCUCAUGUUUUGUAUCCACAUUUCCUGAGCACAUAUAUUAGAAAUGGAACUAUGGCAUGUGUAGUGAAUGAAAAGUGAGGAAAUACAUGUUUUUUAGACUUUCCUUGGCAUAAAUUCCUGUGAGAGAGAGAAGUGGAGGGUUUAUAUAUACUGCAUUAUUGACUUUUGAACAUUCCUUUCAAGGAUUUCCACCAGAUUCUACAAGGCAGCAACAUUUAUUGCCUUUGAGGAGUUUAUUUGCUUUUUGUGUAAUCAUUUAAAUCAUUAAAAAUGUUCUAAUUAGUAUGACCAUAAGUAAGAAACCAUCUUACUGUGCUUUCUUGAAGAUAGCAUUGAAUGUCAUUGGGGAAAUUUUCUGUUGAACAAAUCUUCAUCUUGUGUGUUACAUGAACAAAUAUGUAGUAAAUGAGCAUUUUCAUAUGGUUCUUGAGAACAUUAGAACAAACUAUUGAUUCUGUUUCCUAAACUUGCAAAGGGUUGUAAAAGAUACUAUUGCUCAUUUUGGCAUCUUUUUUCUUGAAAAUGUGUUUAGUAGGUAGUAAGUAUUUAGUCUAUAUUCUACUACAUUGAAUAUUAUGAAUUAUACAUUUGCCUUGCUGUAUGUUUGUGAUAAAGAAAGUAAAUAUUUGGUUUUGAGAUCUUAUGUGCCUUUUCAUUGCAUAAUUUAUAUUAAUCAGCUGUGUAGUUUUUCUGUUCUCAUGUGGGAAGUAAGACCAAGAUGGUUAAAAAAAAUACUGGAAGGAUUACAACCUGUUUACAAGUAUUAUACAUAUCUUUAAUCUCUCUUCACUGAAAAACUAAAAUUUGAAAAUAAUUUUAUAAGCAAAAUUAUUGAUACAAUGGUGCCAUUGUUGUUUCAACACUUUGACCUGUUUAAGUUUCCAGUAAGGGGAAGAUUCCUUUGUGAAAGAACCAGUCUCUGUUAGUGGACAGAAACAAUGCUGUGGCUUCCAAACAUAGAGAUAAAUAUAUUUGAGAGAAUCUAGAUCAUGUAACUGGAAUGAUUUUUUUUUUUCAUCUAGGCAAUUGACUAUGUAGAGUUCAUCUGCAACUAAAUAUUUGUAAUGUGUAUUUGUUAACUGACAACCUCUUUUGGUCUUCAUGCUUGUGUGUGUGUGUAAUUUUUUUGUCUUUCAUAUUUCCAGACUCAUUAGGUCAUCUCUCAUGUUAUUGUCUGACCACUUCUGUUUUAGUCAGGUUUUUUUUAAUCUGCCCUAUUGUUUUAGACAUGUACAGAUGUUUAUUUUUAAAAAUUAAUAAUUAACUUCUUGAUUUCAGUUGUUGAACAUGUACUGUGCUAGGAAUUACUUCAACUAUAGGUAGGUUACUCUUACCCCACCUGUUGUCCUCAUGAGCAGGAUUUAGUUGCUGAUGUCCUGUAAUCACUGAUUUGCUGUAUGAUAGAAAAAUUAUUUGUGCAACAACAUUGCAGAAAUCCUAUUUGAUCCUAAUAGAAAAUGUAUUAACUACAAGUUUGCUCAUAGAACUGAUGUGAGCAACUGAUAUAUCAGACUUCUAAUUGGUUAAACUCAAUGGUUUAAUGAAAGACAGAGGGAUGCAGGAAGGUAAAGCAAUGAGGGAGAGGAGAUGUGCACUGCCGUCACUAAAAGCUGGACGAGAAAAGGUGGUCUCACCUCACUCCUCGACAUCAGAAAGGUUAGGGGAAGAUCUUUACCUUUUUUAUUUUUCUCAUAAAUUAGCAAGCACCCGUUUGAAAAUCUAUCCCAGACUCUAUCUCAGGAUAUCUGACACAUCUAUAUAGACUUUAAAAUACUGUGUUUAUAUUUUACUGUUUUACUUUAAUUACUAUUUUCUACAAAAGUCUUGCUGGUGUAUGUCCAAAAGCAUUUUUGUUUCUUUGGGGAGGGAGUUUGAACAGAGGUUUACAAAUAAAAAUAGUAAUGAUGAAAACGAU